AGAAAAAAAAUCAGGUUAAAAACAAAAUUAAAAUGUCAAUAGUCACCAAGAUGGUGUCUCCUCACGUGCAUUCAGGUUAUUUUAUUUAUUCUUUUUUUUUUCCAUUUCAUGUAUUGUCAAAAAAAAUAAAAAAUAAAAAAUAAACUAGGUAGGGGUACUUUGGACCUUUUGAAGAAAGGUUGAAGACCAAUAGCGUCCCCGUCCCGCGCUUUGAACGCGCUUAAACUCUCUUCUCUCUGCUCAGCGUCUUCCUCUGCGUCUGCUUCUGACCUCAAAGUCUUCGCUCUGAGUUCUAAUUCCAAUUUCCAUCUCUCUCUCUCUCUCUCUCUCUCUCUCUCUCUCUCUCUCUCUCUCUAUAUAUAUAUAUAUAUAUAUAUAGGUCCUUUUUCAUACUCCAAAUCCGUCAUUACACUCCUCUCUGCUCUGAGAUUCUUCUGAUUCAAGGCCAAAGGAGAAGGCGGAAUCGAACUCUGUUGCCGGACCACAAAAUGCAUAGCCGGCUUCUGUUUCCUGUCUCCAUUCUCUUCGCGAUUUUCGCCGUUUCCUUCUCCGACAAGUUUUCCCUCGAAGACCGGAUGCAAUCGGGGAGUGGGAGCAAUCGUUUUGCUUCGUCGGUUGCGUUUCCGAUCAAAGGAAACGUUUAUCCUCUAGGCCAUUUUACGGUAUCUGUCAACAUUGGCAAUCCGCCGAAGAUUUUUGAGCUCGAUAUUGACACUGGGAGUGACCUCACUUGGGUCCAAUGCGAUGCCCCCUGUACUGGUUGUACUCUGGUUAGUUUGAUCCAAAUUGAUGGCUUAUUCGAUAGUUGCUUUCUUUUCUUCUACCGUAAUUUUGUGCCAUCCAUGACUCUGCAGCCUCGUGAUAAGCAAUAUAGACCACACAGCAACGCUGUGCGUUGUGCAGAACCGCUGUGUUCGGCUCUUUUUUUCCCAGGCAAGGUCCCUUGCAAGAACCCUAAUGAUCAAUGUGACUAUGAUGUUGAAUAUGCUGACCAAGGAUCUUCCAUUGGCGUAUUGGUCAGAGAUUUAUUUCCCAUGAGACUCACUAAUGGCUCUGUCUUUGCUCCCAAUCUGGGCUUUGGUUGUGGAUAUGAUCAGAAGCAUGGUGGUUCAACAGCUGGUGUCCUGGGCCUUGGAAGUGGUAAAGCUACCAUGACAUCGCAGCUAAGCGCUCUCGGUCAUGUACGUAACGUAGUCGGCCACUGCCUCAGCGGACAAGGGGGAGGAUUUUUAUUCUUUGGAGGAGACCUUGUUCCAUCUUCAGGGAUGUCGUGGACGCCGAUAAUGCCCUCUCCUGGAGGGAGGUACUCAUCUGGACCUGCAGAGGUCUAUUUUGGUGGGAAGGCUGCUGGAAUUAGAGGCCUUACCCUGACCUUUGACAGUGGAAGCUCCUAUACUUAUUUCAACUCCCAAGUCUAUGGAGCAGUACUCAACUUGUUGAAGAAUGAUUUGAAAGGAAAGCCUCUGUCUGAUGAACCUAAAGAUAAAACCCUUCCGGUAUGCUGGAAAGGCACAAAAGCUUUCAGAUCUGUGGUUGAUGUGAGAAACUUUUUCAAGCCUCUGGCCCUGAGCUUUACCGACUCCAAGAAUGUUCAGUUUCAAAUACCGCCUGAAGCUUAUCUAAUUAUCAGUAAAUUUGGUAAUGUGUGCUUUGGGAUUUUGAAUGGGUCCCAAGUAGGAUUGGGAAAUGUUAAUGUGAUUGGAGGUAAGAUGAGAAACACUGUUGGAUCAACAAAGAACCACUUUCAGGUUCUUUUCUUUUACAUGCUUUCUUCCAACAUUUCAACUUCUUUUUCCCCCAAAUUUGUUACAGAUAUCUCUUUGCUCGAUAAGAUCGUAGUCUAUGACAACGAGAGACAGCAGAUCGGGUGGGCACCUGCAAACUGCAACAGACCUCCCAAGAAAUGAACCAUGGGUAAGUGGUGUUUUCAUUUGUAUAAUGCAUUGUAGAGUCAUUUUUGAACAUGAACUUUUUACAUUUCAUCAUCAUCAGUUAAGAAUUUUUCCCAUUCUAGGUGAGUAAUGGCUGGAGAAGUUGGUUAUUUACCAAAGAGAUAGAUCAAUAACAGGCGAAGGUAUAUAUAUAAUAUAAUAGCUUUUGUAUUUGAAGGGUUUACAUAGGAUAAAAUAAAUGAUUAUUCCCCUUGUAAUAAGAUUGAAGGUUGUUAAAAUGAUAUAGUUUUGGGUUAUUCUCAAAUUGCAGAUAUUUAA